CCACAGCGCCACUGGCCUCCACAACAACAACAGGCCAUGACUCAGCAGCUACCAUAGCAGCUCCAAAACAUGUACACACCCCAAACGAAAAAUGUAUGUAGCAUAUCGAAUUAACCAGUUGAAUAGCAAUUUGUGAAACUUCGAGUAUAAUAUUGAUGGUAAUAAUGUAUACUGCAAUAUUCGUCUCCCCAGAUGUUCAGGAAACAUGGGCUGGAAAAAAUGUCCAUGUUCUUCUUUCCAAAGUGGGUCCCUACAAACUGUUUUUUGGGAUAUUGCAAAGAUUGCUCCUAAUAAAGAACUAGAGAGUGUGGUAAUCAAUGCAUAUUUAAUGAUGCUUGUACACAAGUACAACCAAAACAAGGCUGGUGAAGCUGCUCUGAUUGACACAUUUGCGAUGACUGCUAUCUGGAAGAAAAAAACUGGCAGAAUUCGGAUUGAUCCAAUGGCACACAAAGUGAUAGUGGGAAUUGUGAAUGAGAACAAUCAUUGGAUGCUGGUGGUUAUGUACCCACAUAAGGCUCUUUUUGUGGAUCCACUUGGAGAAACAAAUGAAAAGAUCAAGACCUGUUUAGAGUCUACAAGAGCAUUCAUGAGGAAGAAAGGGUGCAGUGUUUCAAGGUGGACAUGCAGCACUCUCCCACAUUCAACUCAGCAAGAUGGUACAUCCAGUGGUGUCCUGGCCUUAAAAUUUGCACAGAAAAUUUUACAGGGAGAUGAAAUAGACCUGGACACCCCACAGACGGUCUGUGGGCAGGUUAAGGCUGGACAUAGCCACUUCCCUCGUCAGAGAAUCUGAUGAUCUGAGCAGUCUGUGCUUUUAUUGUGGAAUGGAGGACCAUGAUGAAGCACAAUGGGUAAGUUAUUCACAUUAGGUAUGUGCAAAAUGUGACUCACAACAUCAAAGAAAAAAUGCUUUUUGGUCCUUGGUCA